AUGAGCUCCGAGGGACUGAAGCCGUUUAAGAAGAAAGAAGGGACUGUGAUCCCAAAGAAGAGAGAGUUGGUGAAGACAAAAGUCAUCAAAGCCAUUUUCUUCUCUUUUCUCCGUCGCCCCGGUAGCAAAAACAGCUCUGAGCCUACCAGUGACGGUGCCGGAAAGCGCGUAUACCCCACUCGCCCAUGA